CACCACCACCACGCGUGCUACCUGAACGUCCCCGUUCCUGGUCCAGCCCGGCAAACUUUUCGGAAAGUUUUUGGAGAGCCUUCAGAGGCUUCGCUGUUACUGUUCAGGAAAGACAACAGAGACGGUUCUUAUAUGGAAAUGCAGAGGUCCUUCUUGACCUCUCUCGGUCUCUCUCUCUCUGUCUCUCUCAGUUGAUUUGAUCUGUGUGUGAUUGAAGUGGGGGGGUGCAAAGACGGUCUGAGCGCUUAUGUCCAGCGGAAAGAGACCAGACUAAUAGCAGAAUGGCUACCAUGUGCGCUUCGCGACUCGAGAUCUUCCCCUUCAAGGACCAGGAGCUGCCUGCCCACAUGCUGAGCCAACUCAACCAACUGCGCCAUGAGUUAAUCUUCACCGACGUCCUGCUGUGCACGGAGGACUGCGAGAUCCCCUGCCACCGCAACGUGCUGGUGUCCAGCAGCCCCUACUUUCGCGCCAUGUUCUGCAGUAACUUCCGCGAGAGCAGCCAGACGCGCGUGGACCUGAAGGGCAUCUCGCCGGAAGUCCUGGCCAGUAUCGUGGACUACAUCUACACCGGAACUAUCGUCAUCACCAUGGAGCUGGUACUGCCACUCAUGCAGGCAGCGUCCAUGCUCCAGUAUGGGCGUCUGUUCGAGGCCUGUUCGGCGUUCCUGCAGGAGCAGCUGAACCCAGACAACUGCCUGAGCAUGAUCCGGCUGUCGGAGAUCCUGCACUGCGACAGCCUGCGCGAGCGCGCCCGCGAGAUGGCCGUGCGCAGCUUCUCGGACGUGGCGGCCUCCGAGGACUUCUGUGAGCUCACGCUGCCGGAGCUCAUGUGCUACCUGGAGGACGACCGGCUCUGUGCAGAGGAGGAGCAGGUGUUUGAAACGCUGUUGGCCUGGAUCCACCAUGACCCUUUCUCCCGGCGCGGCGCCAUCCAUGACCUUUUCAAGAAGGUGCGUCUGCGCUACAUCCACCCGACCUACCUCUUCCAGUUCAUCGCCAACGACCCGCUGGUGCAGUCCUCCACGCUGUGCACCGAGAUCAUCGAGUCGGUGCGGCGGCUGAUGUUCUCCGUCAGCACCAAGUGUGCGGGCGAGCUGAAGCCGCUCUGGACCACGCCGCGCCGCUACACCUGCCACGAGACGCUGGUGGUGGUGGGCGGACGCAAAAACAACGAGCAGACGUCCCGGGAGGCAUUGCUGUACGACGAGCGCACGCAGCGAUGGCAGUGGUUGGCCAAGCUGCCCUUGAGACUCUACAAGGCCGCCUACGUCUGCAUACACAGCAUUCUGUACGUCGUCGGUGGACUUAGCCUGAGUUUAGCGUCGGGCGACAGCGCCGUUAGCGCAACGGUUUACACGCUCUCGCUAAAGACCAACCAGUGGCGCACAGCGGAGCCCAUGAAAGAGGCGCGCUACGCCCACCAGAGCGUGUCCUACCUGCACUUCAUCUUCGCACUGGGCGGGAUCGGGGCAGACAAGCAGAUAUCCAACACAGUGGAGCGCUAUAACAGCAUGUUCAACCAGUGGGAGGCCAUGGCGCCCAUGCCCACGCCAGUGCUGCACCCGGCCGUGGCGGCUAACGAUCAGAGGAUCUACGUGUUUGGCGGGGAGGACGCUAUGCAGAACCCUGUCAGAUUGAUACAGGUCUAUCAUAUCUCUCGCAAUCAUUGGUCAAGGCUGGAGACCAGGACAGUUAAGAACGUGUGUGCACCAGCUGCGGUGAUAGAAGACAAAAUUUACAUUGUCGGAGGCUACACCAGACGGGUCAUCGCGUACGACACCAAGGCCAACAAGUUUGUCAAGUGUGAGAACAUGCGUGAGCGGAGAAUGCACCAUUCCGCCACUGUCAUCGACAACAAGCUGUACGUGACGGGCGGCCGCUUCCUCAACAGUCACGACGUCAUCGAGGACUCGGACUGCUUUGAGUGUUACGACCCCAAAACGGACGUGUGGACUCCGAAAGGCUCGCUGCCCUACAAGCUGUUUGACCAUGGAUCCUUGCCGCUGGUCUGCGUCUCCAACAGACGCAACCCGCCGUGAACCCCCACACCUUGGGCAGAGGUGUGGCUAGCUAGCUAGCCGACGGGUGGGCAGCACAAGGAAAGACCUCGGGGCCUCCAGGCUCUAAUGUAAAGGGUCUUGGAGGGCUGAGAACCUUUAACUUCAGCAACGGCAGUGCAGUUUUUCAAAGGGAAACUGGUGUGUUUUUUGCCAGACGCCCUAUCAGAGUCUAGAAUCGUCGGUAGGAUCCAUAGGACUAGCCUACUUACGAAGCCGCAGAUGCUGCAAUGAACCGAUCGUAACUUGAACAUGAUCAGUCAUGAUGAUCACCCUUUGUUGGCCAUAUUUGAAUUGGACAUAACUUGAAAUUAUGUAUGUGAUGGUUGACAAAAAUAAGUCUUUACAGAGCCAGUUAUCACCAGUGGCAGGUAAGUCAGGUGAUUUGGUUUGGUUAUUGCCAUUGGUGAUGAUGGGUUUAGUAAUUUGGUUCUCAUGGGAAACCAAAUAAACCCUUUAUUACCUUAAUUAUAUCACACAGUGUCGAAAAUAUAUAUACUUUUAUGAUCAUUAGUUUAGCCAAUUUGGUUCCUAAGGUUAAUAUAACACAAUAAACCCUCAAUAAAUGGUAAAUAAAUAAAUAUAUAUAUAUAUCACAGUAUGUGGAAUCAUGUCUUCAGGUUCAUUACUUUUGCCAUAUGGCCCAGUUCUACCCACAUCCCCUCCCUUCGCCCAUUUUCAACCCCUUACCCCCGAGAGAGCAGAGACUUAUGGGACUACAGCUGGAGGCAUAUCAGAGUACCCAGAAUCCCUCUGUGGCCGAAGGGAGGCACGUCUCUCGCAUUGCAGCUCCGUGGGGAGAAUGCUUUGGUGGUCUCAGCAGCAUCUGCCGUGCCCUAAAUCAAAGGAGAUUUUGUGCUCACGAGCCGAGUUGUCACAUGAAAUGAAAUGCUGCCUGUGUGCGUGGAGUUGGGUUGGGGUGGGGGUAUGCAAGGCAUCAGAGGUCACAGAAAACUUGUGAAACACUCUGACCGUGUCAGACAUGUUGACUUGUUCACCAUGGAACUGGAGGAGUGACAUUAGGAAAACUUUGAUCACUGAAUUCACCUUAUUAUCCACGGUUACAAGGCUUGACACCAUUACUACAUAUCAAUUUUCCGACCUAACAGCUAACAGGAACUAGCAGACUGAAAAUUCUGCAAGAGUACGACCAGAGAGGGUUUAUGUUAACCGGCUGUGGUAUGACAACUUUGAAAUGGGCGGGGCGUAAUAAGGUGAAUAGAUGACUCGUCUGAGCCUGCCGUCAUUAUUAGAACAUCCAAUGAGUUUGAAUAUAACCAGUUUGAAUAUCUAACAUGGCAGACAUUUUGUAGCAAUUGUUAAGCAGCUACUCCCUGUGGUUAGCGUUAAAAAUGUGUGCUCAAUUGAUGUGUAAAUCAGUUAUGUAUGAGGCUAAUGUGUGGGUCUGUUCCAAAUUCUGCAUUGUGCACUGUGUACUGAGGUUGAGUGUACUUUCCGCCCUCAGAGAGUAGGCACAAUGUGAAGGUGAAGUUUUGUUCCCAAUCAUGUUCUGUAGACUUAGCGGAAAUGACGGUUGUCCUAUGUCAUCAGAGUUUAGCAACUGCCAAUCUACAAAUCAUCACCGAAAACUGAAAACUUGUUUGGUUAACCCUGUCUUUUGAAUUAAAACUAUAUUGAUAUUACGGAGAAUCAGCCGCUUGACAGAUUUGACAUUCAACUACAUAACAAACAUGGCAGCCAUUGAGUGCGGGAAAAAAGCACCUCACUCGACACUGACUGUUUUGAGGUCAUCAUCCGAGAACUUACAGUACACUUGUUUUUGUCGCGAUUAGAAAUGGGUAUGCCAUACGCACCCAAACACAGUGUGGAAAGGUUGGUAAGUGCAGAUAUUGGAACAGGCCAGCCGCUCUGUAUUGUAGCUUUUGAAUCCUGGUUACUCAUCACUUCUGCUGUAGAAUGGAAUGAAACUGGACAUUAAUGAUUAAUCCAUUAUUGACCUCUAGAAGACCUGUGACUUUAGUUUGGAGUGUCUUUGUCAUGAUUAAAAGUGGCGACUCGACUUUUUUUUUUAAUGCUAUGGCAGCAGUGAAAGCAUUCAGACACUUUACAUAGGCUAUAUACUAUACAUUCCCACACUGGAGGCCAUACUGACAGACUUGCCUGAUUCUUUUCUUUUAUAUUCCAGGGGCUGCCGUUUUUUUGUUAUUUGUGUUUUCUUGUUAUUUGUAAUAAUAAAAAAGCAUUUGUUAUUAAGAUUCAGCUGGUGUUCUGCAGCCAAAUUCAAGGUGAUUGCUCAUGCGAGAAUGUGAUUGUGUUUGUGUUUGUUACUCAUACAGCCCCCUCUUGAGUGCACUUUUGAGAAAUGAUAAGUGUCAUCUUGUCUGGCCGCCACAGAGAGCUCAAGGAUAGGAGAGAAGCUCUCAGUCAGCCAAAAACAACUCCUCAGCUAUGCCGUCUCUCUCUCUCUCUCUCUCUCUCUCUCUCUCUCUCUCUCUCUCUCUCUCUCUCUCUGUCUCUCUCUCUCUCUCUGUCUCCCUAACACUAGAUAUAAUUGUGUUUGCGCUCGGAGACUAUUGGCAAUGACUAGAACACAUUCUCCCAUGAAAUGGCUCCCUCCUGCAGCAGUAAAACAAGUGGAUCCUUCUGGAAAGGCAAGACGGGAAAAGGGCAAUCCAGGAAGAAGAUAAAAGGCGUGACAAGAGUGUUGAGCACACUCACUGUCUCGUGUCAUCACUCUUUAUAUAUAUAUAAAUAUAUAAAUAUCAUCACAGUCAUCGUGAGGAGACACUUGACACAAACGUUUCCCUUUUUACUGAGUGUGUCAGGCAUACAGAGAUAAGAGGGGGAAAGAGAAGGAAGGAGAGGAAGGAAAGUCUUCUUAGGUUUCACGAGCUAGGCGAUGACACAGGCAACGUAGAGUGUCCAAUCCAGCUGAUUCCAUUCUGAGCCAGAGAGCAACAUUUCACCCCGGAGCCCCAGAUAGCUCUUGACAACCGUCGUCAUGGGAACCAUGAGUCACAUGACCAAGACAGGCCUUGUGUUUUUUUUUCUAGAGUUCUACUAGCUCUAGAUGCAUAUGAAUGAAAAUUCACAAAGUCAAUGUUUUUGCCUAGAGUUGAAGUACCUAAGGCACUCUUCCAGAAAAGUUAAAAUAGCUUUAUUAAACCGCUAAAUCGUUUCAGAAAUGUUAAAAACGCCAACAUGUUUCGGCCAAGGUGUGGCCCUCAUCAGGGUAGAGUAAAUUGUCAAUGUUUUUGCCGUUGUUUUGCCAAAAGGUUAUACUGUCAUUUAAGUGAAAAUCUCUAUUUGUCAAAGUAACUUGAUUGUGAUGGUAAGCUGUAUUGUAAGUGUAUUUCUAUUUCGUUUCUUUUUUUGUUUUGUUUUUUUGUGACUGUGUUUUGUAAUGGUGUGUGAUUUUGAUAUGCAAGUUGUCUAAAAGCGGAUCAAUACAACAUGA